GUUCGACUCGUUUCGAAGAAUCGAUUACACCACUUACAGGACUCGGUUACAGUGGAAUCUAUAGACUGGCAGCAACAGUCAACAUUGAAUUGCGCUAGUCAAACUCGGAUUCUACACUCCGGAUAAUGCAUCCGAUAAUAUGACACGCAAACUACAAUUCGAUCAACAUGCGUGGGUCUGUACAGGUCCUGGUAUGUCUGAAGCAGCCAGCGACCCGGCAUGGCAACAGUGUACACAAAUACUGCAUUUUCGGUUCUUUGGUCAGCAUUCUUCUAUAUUGGCUCCUCGAUAUCAACACCGUCUUGAUUCAAUUCGAUGUCGACAGACUGCAUGUGUUUGUGUGGACAUUUCACUUCCCCGUUGGAUGAUUUGGCGACGGCCACAUGUCCCUCCAAAUAGGUCAAACAUUUUGACAUAUUGUUUGUUUUCAUCCAAGUCAUGCUAUGUGGAGGCUGGGUCUUACCCCUUGGAAGCAUUCCGAUCGUCGUUGCGGACAGCGCCACCCGGCUCUGUCGAACCUUGCCCAAAGACGUCAAACCCUCACCCGCAUCAAGUAACCUAUCGUCCUGCAUACUUGUCUCUGCCGCAUACGAUUCGCCCGUGUCUCUGGUGUGAUGGAGUCCACUUCCUGGCAUCCAGAUCAGGGAGAUCUUUAUCGGCAGAAUGAUUGGGGUUCUUGUCAUGCCGUUGUCCGGGAGCAGCGACAUUGUCCGCCUGAUAUAUAACGCAGACAGAUCUUCUGCACUGGGUGAUUACUUUCUAUUGACAAUUCAUUUUAUCAGGGU